AUGGUUGAUGCACGGGUGCGUCCUUUUGCGCGUGUGGCAGAUCUGGUUGACUACCUACUCUACGACAGCAGCCGCCCUACGACCCUGAUUGUCUGUUCCACUCGGGCCAAAUUUCUCGAGCAGCUGGCUGCUAGUGUGUCAAAAAGGAUACGGGAGUCACAGGAUCAAAUUUCUAGCGAGGAGCCACUGCAUAGCUUAGAAGCCAACAGGGAAUCCAUCCAAUCCCGUCCGCCUGAUCCCCUUUUAACGAAGACCAUCGGCAUCCUCGCGAAUUCGAGAAGUGUCAGACUAGUGUUCUGUACUUCACUGGAGCAUUUGCGUGCAUAUCUGUCGUCAUUAGGAACCGGUUUACGUAAAGGAUCAGCAGGACAGGACACGGCCCGCGGAACAAGAAUAGUUGUCGUGGACCUUGUUGCUCUUCAUUACAUGAGCACUGAGUUCUCGGCUCAAGGUCUUUUGCGAACACUUGCUCUUGCAGUCGAAACAGCUGCAAGAAUUACGUCAAGUUUGGUGCUGUGUGAAUGUGAAGAUGCGAUGGUUGCGAGAAAUCCUAAUCGUGGCCAGAGAUUAUGGGACCUACAUGUCCCUAUUGUAAGCGGUACAGCUCGACUACAAGACGGGGUCCGGCAGAUUACUGUUAAGCAGGUAGCUCAAAGAUGGUUCCGCUUCGAAGGUGAGGAUAGAAUUACAGUGGAGAGGGGUGCUUCUAAGGAUUAA